AUCGCAUACGGCGGGAAGUACUCGUGUAGUAGACAUGUCAAACAUACGAGAUUCGGGUGUGGAUUUGGGCUCAGGCCCGAUUGCGGAUAAAAUUUUCAUCGCGGAUAAAAUUCUGAAGCGAAGGACGCGGAAGGGUCGUUCGGAAUACCUAGUCAAAUGGCAAGGGUGGUCAUCAAGGCACAACACUUGGGAGCCUGAGAAGAAUAUUCUGGACCCUUCGUUGAUUGGUGACUUCGAAAACAGCCGGAAGGCCCGAUUGGAACAAAGAAAAAGGGCAGCGGAGCGGGCAAGGGACAAAAGGAAGCAGGUAAGGCAUGACGCAGCCCCCACUGCCGACAGCCCACCACCGCGCCCUAAGACAGAGCAAGAGUACAUGCAGAACAAAUGGACCCGUAUCGGACAGAGGCGUCACCCCUACUGGGACCUGCUUAGUACGGUUGACUUUGGCACGGACAACCCGAAGCUGGAUGAUGGGAGCGAAACGGAGAUGGAGACGACUAUGGACAACCGUACACCAGCGAGAGACAAUGACGCCCAGCUUGCGAGUGUUGUGCGGAGUGCGAUGGCCGAUUUUGCCCUGGACUAUACUUGUAGCUCUCCGGAGCAGCAGUCAUACGGUUAUACUAUGGAGGGGCGGGAGACUCCGUCACAUGACUGUGGCGAGACCUCACAUGACAUCAAAAAGGAUAACAGUCCGGAAGACAGGGAAACGUGCAAGGAUUAUGAACGCACAAAGACUAAGAGAGAAUCAGUGGAUUCAAAUUACCAUUCCUACGAAGAGAGUGUCUCGGAUGAGAAUCAAAAUUGUGAGGAUUGUGAUAAUAAGCAUGUGAAUGAUUAUGAGAAGGCACCGUAUGGGGAUCAACGCGUUCCUGUAAGCAAAGACAAUGGGGUGGACCAGGACUUCGAGAGCAGUGUCAGUGAUGACUCCUUCGACUUGAUUGACAAUCGGUACGGUGAUUGCUUUGGCCGGAGUAGUAAAUAUUCUAUUACGCCUUUUCAGCCGCUUGCUCGUGGUGAAGUCCUCGUCACCGAUGUCACCUUGAAUAACAUAACAGUUACCGUUUUUGAGAGUCCGACGGGGAAAGGGUUCUUUAAAGAAAGGGCAACGGAGCAAUAGACAUAACUGUUGUUGAUAAUGGUCGUGAUAUGCAUUGAUUGACAAAUCUGGACUGGGGACCAAAUAUGCUGUAUAUGUAAUCAAUCAUGCUAUUGACCGAAAUUACUGUAAGAAAAAAAAAAUUAAAAGUUACCUGACCUGUGGGGCAUAAUACGGUGGACUUCUGUUAUAUCACGCGAGAGUGACAAAACUCACUUUGAUAAGAAUCGAGAUCUAGGAAUAACGUGUUGUGUUUUGUUAUCUCUGUAUUGAAUGUGCGUAGAUCAGUCUCGAUUCAGGCUUCCAGUAACAUCACAAGCAAAAGUUAUUAUUGAUUUGCCUCUGUGUAUUAGUACCAUAUCUAAAUAGUCGAAUCAGGAGAUAUCUGUGGCAUGGUAAUUAGAGUACUGGGCUUAUAAUCAGGAGGUUCGACUCUCAAAAGAAUCACAGCUCUUUCGACUUUGUGUCCUUGGCCAUGGCACUCAACCCUACUUGCUGUUUCUACCCAGGAAUAAGUAUCUGUGGCUGCAGAGAUGACAAAACAUCAGUGUCAGUCCUGGGUGCUAACUGCAGCUCGGACCUGUUAUAGUACAAGAGAGUAGAGUUUGAGUCAAGAGUGAACUGGCCAAUAGCUUGGGGUAAUAAUAUGUAGCGCUUUGAACGACGGUUGGGUUUAGCGCUAUAUACGUCUCAUCAUUAAUCACUGUGUCGUAUGCCAUUUUGAACGUAUGAUUAAUGAAUUAAACAUAACGCCAUCAAUGAUACUCCUACAAAAUCGUGGGGGUCAAAGUGGAUUGCCUCGACGAUUGCCCCAGCUGAUCAUUCCCCCUCGUAGGAGUCCAACGGUUCUGUUUUAUAGUGAUAUGCUUGAGAAGGACGAAUUCAAAGCUGAAUAUUUUUAACGCAACCUUUUUCAAUUGAUGGAAGGAACUCGUCAAUGAUUGGGUGGGGCAAAAAUUUCUGUAAAAAGAUAUUGACAAAACGACUUGCGUACCCAUAGCUCAUAACUGCUUGCUUGCUAUAACAUUGUGUGGGUGCAUCUCAUAAUAUAGUCAGCUUCCUAUGCAAUAUUCUGUUUUUUAUGUAGGGAGGCCUACGUAAUAUUUAAAUCUGUGUGAAUAUCCACUUCAAUUUUUUGUCUAGCUGAUAUAAUAGCCACGGCGAACAACUACGUGCUUUAGUGCACUAAACACCAUGAUUUCACCUUGGAGAUUAUUGCAACUAAGGACUACGGUAAGAUGCCCACGGCACUACAACUUUCCCCAAAAAGAGUUCAGCAUAUGGUUAAGACAAUGAGGUUUGUGGAGGAGGGGCGCUUAAAAGCUGGUUUAGUAAAUCAUUUCAAUACUCAUCAUCGUCCAUCUUCAGGCUUAUUGCAGCAGACAUUUGCAUUUAUAUUACACACGCCACAACUAUAUUGGUAAAGUAAUGGAAGUUGCUUUUUCUAGUGACAGCUAAUAUGCCAGAAUAUGCAUACACCUUGAAUUGUAUCCCAGGACCUUGCUGUGCAGUGGCCAUGAAGAAUACCACUGUGUAUUUUUGAGCUAUCUCUAACAUAAUUAUUUGUAAUUCAUUAGAUGCAAGAAUUGUGGCACGUGCGCAUUUUAAAGAUACACUAAUGGGGCAUUAUGAAUAUAUUUUACAGAAACUUUGAGGGUACAAUACUUCCGUUUAAAAUUUACUUCAAUUGCUUGAGGUUUGAUCUGGUCUGAACGUUGCAAUUCGGGUCACAUAUACCCCUGUAGUCGUUGUUAUAUAGUGAUAUGAUACCCAAACUUUUAUACAAAUGGAUCAUUUUCUUGAACAAAUAUAACGGAAGUACUGUGUCUUUAAGAAGUUUGCAUUUUUAGAAAGUUAUUUUAUUUAGAUGUAGGUAUAUAUUGCAUAUUAAGGCAUUAUCAAUUAUUCAAACCAGGGCUUUCACUCCAAAAUCUAAAGGAUAUUCUAAAACAAAAAAACUAGAAAUGUUCCUCAAUAACCUGUACCUCGUGUUGUGAAGUCUUGGAGACUACCAGAUGAUACGUGACAUAACCAUGUAAUCUAAUUCUAAUUAAUCGUUAAUCUGAUACCAAGUUGUGUUACAUGUAGUUGCUUCAUGUAAUUGUGAAAUAUUACAUGAUUGUAUGUUAUGAUGUUAGCAAAUGCCAGGAAGCCGAAGGUGCUAGUGUCAUGCCUAACAAACCAGCCUGGUGGUCUGUGAAGAAGAAUACGCAUGGAAACGAAUUUCGCUCGAGUUUGUGAGGGAAAAGGGGAAAAAAUUGAAAAUGAUAUGUGAUGACGUCUAACAUGUCUAAUGAAAGUGAUAAAACUGUGUAGUAUCCGAAGCUGAUGAUGACUGUCUUGGUGUGCAGAAUGGUAUCAGCCAUGUGGUUUUGUUGAGGUAAGUUCACACUAAAGACACAACAUAAGAAAACUUUUAACUGUUAAUAGGCAUGUUCCUUUACCCCGGAACUUUUAGUGUUUUCCAAAUGGCAGUCCCAUAUCUUGUUUGUUCUUGUAGUCAUUACCAGAUGUUAUUAAAAAGUGCAUUUUCAUAAUGUUUUUAUCAGUUAGACAAUGUUCUUCUUUCAUCGUUGCGUUAUGAGAAGGAAAAUGUUUGCAAGUUCUUGAUGUUAUUUUUUCUCGUGUAUAUUACUACCAUCAUCAUCAAGAACUUGCUACCAUCAUGGGCUUUGUCAAUUAUAAAAAUACACCAUCAAGAACCUAUUACUAUCAUCGACUUGGUCGACUAGCACUAUAUAUGGUGAGCUUCUAUCAUUUCCUAUCGUGGGCUUUGUUUGCAUUACACUACCAUGGACUUUAUUUGUUCACUGAAUGACAUAGUUCUAAAGAGCUCAUGUUACAGACUUUGUUAGUUAUUUAACACCACCUAAGACUAAGUUUUACUUAUUUCUAUCAUGAACCUGUUUAAUAAUUGCCACCACAAAUCAAUAAGUUAUAAUAUUGUCGUUGACUUUGUUAAUUGCAAAACACCAUCAUCAAGAGCUAUGUGUAAUUAUAUUAAUGUUAAGACCAUAGUCUACGAUCUAGUUGUAGUUAAAACAAUCGUGUCUUACUUGUAUGUAUAUGUUACAUCAUGUUGUGAACGUACACGCUGCGAUCAUCAGCCAUCAAUCAUAGCCAUCUCAAAGAUCUAUUAGAUUUAUAUGAACGUUAUUUCAUAUUUUUCUCAGCACACAUCACAAUAUGAAAUAGAUAUUGUUUAUAACGAUAAGGUACAAGUAAAACCAAAUCUCGUGAUACAUUUGAUCAUAAUGUCAAACUCGAUGAAGUUGCAUAUUCGAGUGAACAUUGUUGUAUUGCUAUUUGUCGGGAAUCGACGUAACCUUUUAGUUGUCGAUAUGGAUUUAACUACAUGUAGUAUACUUUAUUACCUUUCGCCGUCGUGAAACGGUAGCAAGGCAGAGUUUUGGGUAAGAUGCUCUGUAGAAUAAAGUCAAGGGCAUCUUUAAAAUGCAGCUGAAAAUGCGACAAAUCAUGGUACUAGUAACUUGUGGACUUACUAACACCGCCAGUAGAUAGUUAAUUUAGAUAUUAAAUGAAUGGACCCUAAGAUGAUGUCUUAGAAGAGUUUGGAGGGCUGAAAUCUGAAUACAAAGGUAUCGACAUACGAGUAUUGACCUUAAAAAUUAUGUGUAUCGUAAUAAAGCGCGGUGUACAUCAGUGUGGGAUAUGGUGUCUCAUUCUACAAAGUGCAUUUACCAAGUAAUAUGGCCGGUACUUCAUUAUAUAUUCUGGUUGUAACUUUUGUGAUAUCAUGCUGUCUUCAUCAUUUCUCAUACAAAGUGCAGGCAUUAUUUUGUUCAAUAAAUGUGUACAGUUGAAUUGAA